CGUGACUCAGAUUCCAUCUAUUCAUGGAUCAUCUUACAACGUCAUUUAUUAGUGAUGAGUACCUAUACAUUUUAUAUUUUAAAAUGUGUUUAAUAAGUGUGUGAGACAUAGUGAAGAAAGAAGACAACAUCAAGCUAGCAGGAGAUUAAGAUGAAAGAGGGCAAGAAUUUGGCAGUUCGUGGGGAUCCUGCGGUGGCGUCUCUUCCGAGGAGAGGAGCAAGGAGAACUUCUGACUACAUCGGAUGGAACUUAUCGUUGAUGCAGACUUCUUGUAUACCCUGAUUUGGAGAGGCCGGACAAGAACAACAGCAACACCAAAAACAAACAGGACUACAUUAGCAAAUGUCUAUAACGGCCAUAAAGACCAUACCGAAUUGAAACGGUCCUAGUUAUUAGUGGUAACAGUGACAAUGAAACCGGCCACCGACCCCACGCUGGUGGGCAUAACCAAGACCGGCGCCCCAAGAGGCAGCCCACAAAGCCCCCCCGCCCAAGGAGACCAGCAAGGGGCCACAGAGAGGCAACCCCAACCAGAAACAGUGCACCGGCAGGCCGGAGGAGAGCCAACCCCCAAGACCGGUGAGAGAACGCACCCCGCAAGGGCAGACGGGCACCAGGGGCCACACACCAGCGAGCCCAGAGCCACCCCCGCCAACUGGAAUAAAGCUUGCCCACGGCUGGGAGCGCCAGCCACCCACCCCCACGCCCCGCCCAGGAACGGAGGAGGUAGCUCUGGAGGGCUGACCUCGAUGUACCUGAGGAGUGCAUUAUGGUUCCUGGAAAGCGGCUGUGACAGUGCUCAUGAACAAAAGCUGUUAUUUAAGAUGCUGACACCUCCUGAGCUGGGCAGAGCUACUGGACCCCUGCAGCUGUGCCUCGACGCUGACAGACCGCAAACACGUAACACCCUGGCACAGCAACAUGGAUUAUCGCUUGCUGUUUAUACACGCAAACUAACAGGUUGCCAAUGUCACACACACAGAGGGAGAGAAUGGAGCAGAGACAGCGCUUCUGAUGCACUUUCUCUGAUAUACUGGCAAAUUCUUCAUGCUCUUUUCUGUAAUUUUAGCAACGGCCUGUGUCUUUGGUCUGUGUAG